CUGCUAUGAAGCAAUUUUGAGGUCAUUCAGCUUUUUAUGUGAUAUCAAGACAGAGAUAGCAUAUUAGAAGUUCUGCAGUUGGCUGGCGAGGAAUACAACACACCUGCCUUUAGAAGGGUUGAACAGUCUGUUUUAAUCAGAAAGCAUGCGGAUUACUAAAGUUGGAACUCUUGUAUCAACUAAUUGGCUGAAGGAUUGUUUGUCAUCAUCGUCUGCAGACAAACUUCGUGUUCUAGAUGUUUCUUGGGCUCAUAUGAAAAAGCCUGGUGUUGGCUACGAGAUGUUCUACAAGAAGCAACAUAUUCCUGGAUCCAUCUACUUUGAUCUGAACCAGUGCAAUACCCCCACUAAAUAUGUACCAUUCAGCUUACCAGAUACAAAUUGUUUAAGUGAAUACAUUGGAAGUUUGGGAAUUUCAAAUAAGAAUUAUAUUAUCGUUUAUGAUCAGCAAAAUAACAGCUCAGCAUUCCGAGCCUGGUGGAUGUUUAAGUACCUUGGUCACUCUGCUGUAUCACUGUUAGAUGGAGGAAUGGCCAAGUGGAUUGCUGAUAACUAUGAAGUGACAGCAAAACCGACGACACACGAGAAAUGCAACUUUGAGAUUCAUCUUGAGCCAAAACGUUUUAGGUCCUUUGAAGAAGUGGCAAAAAAUCAGGAAACCCAAACUGAAAAAGUUGUCGACUGUCGUGCUUCUGAACAUUUCCAUGGAAAUCCUAAAGAUAAUAAUGGUCACAUUCCUCACUCCAAGAAUUUACCAUAUUCAACACUAUUCAAACCAGAUGGUACCAUGAAGUCAAAGGCUGAACUAAAAGAAUUGUUUGCAGCUUCUGGAGUUUCUUUUGAAAAGCCUUUAAUUUCUGUAUGUUAUAAGGGAGUAACUGCUUGUGGUGUCGCUGCUGCUGCAGAAAUUCUUGGUAAAGAAGAUAUCACCGUCUAUUUGGGUUCUUGGCAUGAAUGGUCUCAGAGAGCUGAUUCCAAAGAUAUUGUUUAAUCUUGGAAAUUCCAAGUUACAGUGCAGAAUCUUUUUGAAAGUAAUUUAAAGUGUGAUCCGAAAUUAUACAAAGAUUUUUUUAGAAACUUUUUAUUUAAAUUUGCUUUUGUAAUUUGUUUUCACCCAAGAAAAAGAGGUCAGUAAUUUUCUUUGAAGU